GGGUCGCCGAGCAUAAAAGGUUGAGAAGCGCUGGCUUAGGGUAUCUGGUUCGAAUCCCGGUGAAGACUGACAUUUUGAAUUUCAGCAUUUUUGGUGAGCCCUUGAUUCCAACAAACUCUAAUGGGUAACUGACAAUAGUCUGUGAAAGGUCAAGGCGACUGGUCAUUGUGCUUGCGACAUGACAUAACCCAUGGGCCACAGAAACAGAUGACCUUAUAUCACCUGUCCCACAGAUUUAUCUAAUCCUAAAAGGGAAAGGACGCUUAAUCUAUCUAGUAUGAUAAAGCGUCUAUUACGUAAGUUAUUUGCUAGUUCAUAUGCUUCCAGAGUCUAAAUGACUUAUUGGCUAGUUCAUAUGCUGCCAGUCCUAAUGAGGUUUAUGGAAGACAUCUAGAGUAAAAACAAAAACAACUCAGCAUGUGUAUAAUUCAGAUAGCUAAUCAGAUUGGACAUCGCAUUUGCAACCUGGUGUGUGUGUGUGUUUGUCAUUCGGCCAGCUCGUUCAUUAAAAAUGUCUAGAUAGCUUUAUGACGUUGCAAUAAUCCUCUUUGCCUCAAAACUACCUCACGCAAGCCAAAUGAACUGAAUCAAUUAAAAAACAACCUUUUAAUGGCCCAACGUACAAACAAUCAAAACAUGAACAGCGGAGCCCAGGCUGAACUGUAAGGAUCUUCCAAGAUGUUAAGUAUUACAAUGUGAGACCGAUAUUCUCUUUUAUUUUUCGUAUAUCAUGCAUUGUAGUUUUAUAGUCCACUAGUCGACCGGCGGCGUAGCAUGUGUUUCCACACUUUUGGCAUUAAUCAACACCAUCGAGUUUUAAGAUAUGCUCAUCAUAAUGUUUAGUCCUAACUCUGUCCUGUAUUGCUGGGACAAAACCUUCUGUUUCAGGGUAGAGAUGACCUGCUUUGAGCAUUUAGUCCUAACUCUGUCCUGUAUUGCUGGGGCAGAGCCUUCUGUUUCGGGGUAGAGAUGACCUGCUUUGAGCAUUUAGUCCUAACUCUGUCCUGUAUUGCUGGGGCAGAGCCUUCUGUUUCGGGGUAGAGAUGACCUGCUUUGAGCAUUUAGUCCUAACUCUGUCCUGUAUUGCUGGGGCAGAGCCUUCUGUUUCAGGGUAGAGAUGACCUGCUUUGAGCAUUUAGUCCUAACUCUGUCCUGUAUUGCUGGGGCAGAGCCUUCUGUUUCAGGGUAGAGAUGACCUGCUUUGAGCAUUUAGUCCUAACUCUGUCCUGUAUUGCUGGGACAAAACCUUCUGUUUCAGGGUAGAGAUGACCUGCUUUUAGCAUUUAGUCCUAACUCUGUCCUGUAUUGCUGGGACAGAGCCUUCUGUUUCAGGGUAGAGAUGACCUGCUUUGAGCAUUUAGUCCUAACUCUGUCCUGUAUUGCUGGGACAGAGCCUUCUAUUUCAGGGUAGAGAUGACCUGCUUUGAGCAUUUAGUCCUAACUCUGUCCUGUAUUGCUGGGGCAGAGUCUUCUGUUUUAGGGUAGAGAUGACCUGCUUUGAGCAUUUAGUCCUAACUCUGUCCUGUAUUGCUGGGACAGAGCCUUCUGUUUCAGGGUAGAGAUGACCUGCUUUGAGCAAUGCCUAGGAAGCAGCCUUAUCAACCUUGACAAUUUAGUGCCGGAAAUUUUCCACAAAGUGCUUUUUCUUCCCAUUGGUCCCGUGUCGUCUAAACCAAUAACAUUUUUUAUUGGGUUCAGAAGAGUUGUUUCGGAUUCGUAUGACUAUUGUAUUAUUAUUAUUAUAAUUAGGCUAUAAAUUACAAUGAUUUUUAGAAGAUUAAUGAGACAUGCUGUCACCUACAUAUUUUCCCUCGUCCAGCGUAGACACAAUGCUUAUUUCGUAUGCUAGGAUUAAUUCUUCUAAGUGCUUCCAAGUGAUUAUUAUUCCCUAGUUCCAUUAGAGCAUGAAACGGGUUGCCUGAAUCAGCCAUGAAAACCUUAACAGACAUUAUAUCUCUAUCAUGCACGACUAGAUUAAUAAAUGUAUAUGCAUAGGACAUAAUAGUGGAUUUUUUAAAAUUUAUUGAAAGAACGUUUUUACAUAAAGCGACUUAAAAUCAGACUUAAACUCGAAUAGCUAAGGGUCUUAUCAAGACUAAAUCCGGCCCUGUUUGCGGCAUACAGAAAUUAAAAGGAAAAAAAAAGAUAAUGCGUCCCGUGGUAGAUUUGAAUGUUCACAUCACUCCUAGACCUAGUCGUCUGCGAUUCAUUUCCUGGUUAAUUUGUAGGCUUCGUAUCGAUAUAAAUCAACUUACAUGUUCAAGGGAGAUAACAGGUUCAUAUAUGUGUGUGGGGGGGAGGGGUAUUUUAAUCCAGGCCAUUUUUUUUUGUAAUGUUCAUUUUUGUUUUCUUUCGCAAAUUAUUAUAUUAAAUAAUUAUUUUUUUUUGCACAUUAUGUGUUUUUUUUUCUGCAAUUAGUUUGAAGCAAGAGUUGGGAUUUAGAAUUAACUGCCCUUGUUAGGUAGUCCAGCGGUUUGUGCCACGAAUUCCACUAAUGUGGGAAAUACAUUUCUUAAGAAAAUGGUUCUCUAUUGAAUUUCUAUCUAAGACUUAGCCUAGAAGUAAUUCUUAGGGGGAGGGUAAUCUCUCAGAGUCAUACUGCUGAUAAGUGGAAUGGACAAAAGUUAACUAACACUACAUAGGCUUAUGAGUUUCAUAGAACUUUGUCUGGAUUCUCUCAAAUUGUGUGAAUUUUUAUUUAAAGAGGUAGUCAAUAAAGUCAAGUAGUCUACGAAGUCAAUAAAAUCACUGUAGUCAAUGAAAGUUAACAUAGUCAUGAAGUCGAGUAGUCAAUGAAGUCAAGUAAAUGAAAGUCAAAGUAGUAAAUGAUGUCAAAGUAAUCGAUGACGUCAAAGUAAUCAGUGAGGUUAACGUAGUCGAUGGAAUCAAAGUGGUCAAUGAACUCAAGUAGUAAAUGUAGUAAAGUAACCAAUAAAGUCAAAGUAGUCUUGAAGUCAAUUGGUCAAUAAAGUUAAGUUAAUGAAAUCAAAGUAAUCAAUGGAGGGGGAAAAGGUCAAAGUAGUCAAUGGAGGGGAGGAAAGGUCAAAGUAGUCUACAAGGUCAAAGUAGUAAAUGAUGUAUGUGAAAGUAGUCAAUGAAAUAGUAUAUCGGGUCAAAGUAAUCAAUGAGGUCAAAGUAGUCAAUGAGGCUAAAUUAAUCAAUGAGGUCAAAGUAAUCAAAGAUGUCAAACUAGUCAAUUAAGUGAAAUAAAGAAUGAACGCAACAGUAACUUAAAGUCCCAGCAACCAAACACAGACAGACAAGCGGACAAUUAACACAAAGGGGAAACUCCAGACAGCCCUGCGAUUCAAUUCAUAAUUUACACUUGACCUAACUUCAGUGACCUAGAAUCUAUGUCAACACAUUGACCUGGAGACCAAACCUACUCUAUUUCUAAACAUACACUAUUCAAAUGUUGUUUCUCGAAACUAUUAAAGCGCCUCUAUCUUUGUGCCAGGAAGGACUAGUUCAGUAUCAGCCAAGUGUGUACCUUGAAGUCCUCAUUAAAUGGCGAAGUCGUCACUGUGGACAAAAGCUUAUUCGUGCAGGGAGGCAUUCCUCUAUGGCUAAGAUCUGUUUGUUAUUUAUUUGUUGCGGAAAACGUUAUGUUAUGAAAAUAUGUAAUUGGGGCACUGGGUUUUCCCGCUAUUUUUCUAACAUUUCGUCAGUGGUUUACAAACUUAGCAAGUCAAGGACAGGCUUUAAGCGCCUGCUCGUCAAAGACUGUUUGGAUUUUUUACAUUAAUUGCGCGACGUCAUGGUGUUUUUCAUUAAUGCCAGAUCUGCCUAGAAUCUCAGUGAGGUCAAAGAAUGUUGCUACUUACUUUGAUCUUAACUUCAGCCAAGUUGGAAGGCCUCACUAGUCAUCAAGUUGUGAGUGGUAUUUCUCCUGUCAUUAGCGACGCCUCACCGCUGGAAUAUCUUCCACAAUAUUUAGACCUAAGUGACAACGACAAUUCUAUGGAAGAUACAAACGCCGAAUAUCGAACUGGAUUCCGCAGUGGUCACGGCGAUAGAUUUGAAUGUAAACCAUGCAUCUGUUCUCACAGUUUAUCUCAGUACAUUCUAGCGAACUGCUCUUCCAGAAGACUGAGGGACGUUCCUGAUUCUCUUCCUCCGGAACUUUGGUUGCUGAACAUGACAGACAACGAAAUUCAACUCUUUAAUCCUGAGAGCGUUCUACGCUACAAAAACCUAAACACACUGAUCAUCUCCUAUAACCGCAAGAUAACUCAUAUUUCAAAUGAAACUUUUUCAAACUUAACUUCAGGGCUGGUCAUUCUAAACCUGACGAAGAACAGUAUCAGCACCAUCGAUGACGGAAGCUUUCGCUUCUUCGCUAACCUGCAACAACUGGAUUUGGGCGAAAACAGUCUUACCAACAUCACAGCAGGAAUGUUCUUAGGUCUCCGUAGCUUAAGAAACUUAAAUCUAACCAAAAACUCCAUCGUGUUUAUUGAAAAUAGCACAUUCGACGAAAUGCAACAUUUGAAGCUGUUGGACCUUAGUUUAAAUAAACAUCUUUCAUAUACCGUGAGAAAGUUCCCACCUCGUGUGUUUGAGAAGUUGUUCCGUCUCCAGAGUCUUUACAUUCAAGGCAACACCAUGGGGGACCACUCCUACCCCAACAGUGCGCUGCAAAAGCUGACAAAUCUUAAAAUCCUCAGCUCAGACGCAUUACUCAAUUGUACAUUCGGGCCUCAACUUCAGUCCCUGAAACAUCUGAAGGAGCUUCAUUUAGGCACAAACUGCCGUCUUAAAAAUCUGACUCGAGACUUCUUCCAAUACAUUCCAUAUCUCAACACGUUCGUUCUUAGCGGCUGCAAACUUGUUUACAUAGAUCCUGAAGCUUAUUCUAAUGUUCCAAAUCUGCACACCCUGGAGAUAUCACACACUUCCCACACGUAUGAUCUUUACGAGGCUUUCGAUCAUCUCAUUGGGCUCCAGAACUCCUCCCUCAAAGUGCUCAGGUUAAAGUUCAUGUACCGGACACACUUCCCGUGUCGCGAGUUGCAUGCCCAACAUGCGAAAUACUUGCAGCACAUUGCGCUGGAGGAACUGGACCUGUCUCAGAACAGAAUCGCUUUGAUUGGCUUGGACUUCAUCAGAUUGCUUUCUAGAACUUUGAAGAAACUAGUUUUUAACUAUAACAAAAUCACUCCCUUUUCAUUUAAUCUAGAGCAGCUCGCCUUUCUGAAUAAUCUUUUAGAAUUAGAUGUUGAAAAUCAAAAAGAUGACAGUAAUGAUUUUAAUUCCAAUGACUUUUCUUUAGCAACUGAUUCGGAUCAUAGCAUUGCACCAAACUCAUCUACAACUCUAUGCAAUAGUUUGCUUUAUAAGACUGAACUACACAAGAAUCAAGCUCUAGAAUCAGCCAGAGUUCCGUUAAAAGAUUCAUGGCCAGUAAAAUUACCACCAAAUUUAAGUAAAAUAAAAGCAUCUGAAUUCCUCGACUAUGGAUUCUUUAUUCUUGGUCAUGUCUUCCAGGACAAUUGCUCUCUCAAGGAAGUGGAUUUGUCUGACAGCUAUUUUUCGAAUUGGGGGGAUCUGUAUCUCUCUCCUCCGAUAAAGAAAAUCGACCUUAGCAGCAAUUACUGCCGAAGGAUCAACCCGAAAUUUUUCUCUAAAAACAGUCCACUGGUCCAUCUCAACCUGCAAAAUAAUUUUCUAGGUGACGAUUUCGCUAACGACAAGUAUGGUAACAUUUUCCGAAAUCUGAACAAGUUAUUUUACCUCGACAUUUCAAUGAACUUAAUCUACAAACUUCCCAACCGGUUUCUUGCAGGUUUGACAAAUUUGGAGACACUCAUUGUAUCAGAUAACAAACUUCAGCUGCUGAAUUUGACCUUUAGACACCUUACCAGACUUCAGCUUUUGGACUUUAGCAGGAACUCGAUCACAGGAAUAACUGAAUCUACUCGAGAUGAUCUUGAUGCUCUGGCCGCCAUCACGGACUUCGAGCUCGACUUGACCUUUAACCCUUUACCCUGCACGUGCUCUGGGAUUGAGCUUAUGAAAUGGCUGGCGACCACCAAAGUGAAGCUAAUAAACCAAGUCAACUUACAGUGUCGGUUGGAAAAUGAUGUAGCGACUAGCGUGGGGGAUCUUAAAGAGAGGUUGAAUUUUCUUCAAAGAUCUUGCAUCUCAAAGUCUUUGAUUCUCGUUGUCUCAAUUCUUUCCACUAUGUUUGUGGCAGUCGUGUUGGGUCUACUGUUGAUGUAUAGAUAUAGAUGGAAGCUUAGAUAUCUUCGCAACGUAGCCAUCGCCAAAUUCAUUGGGUUCGAACCCAAAAAACCCCAACAAGGUAUAUUUAAGUACGACGCCUUCUUGGUCUACGACAGUGACGACAUGCAGUUUGUCCUGAACGAAUGCGUCCAAGAGCUGGAGGUCAGGAGGGGUCUCAAACUGUGCAUCGGGGACAGAGAUUUCAUGCCAGGGACAUACGUCGCCAGUGAUAUAGUCAGCGCCGUGCAAAACAGUUACCGGACUGUUCUUCUGGUUACGCCCGAGUUUUACGACGAUGACUAUGUCGAGUACGCGGUCAAUAUGGCCAUCAAUGAGGCAAUCCACACGUCCAGGCAGGUAUUACAUCUAUGUCUGUAUCAGCCAGUUGCCCUGGCGGAGAUGCCUCGCGAUCUUGUAGCCAUCUUGAAGAGAAAUGAAUUUAUCGAGUACCCACCGGAAGAAGAGAUAACUCCAGGAUUAAUUGAAAACUUUUGGGAUCAGUUAACUGCCGCUGCUCGACAAACAGACUGAACGCUGUUUUCUUCAUAAAAUAAUUCAGAUGUUCUUAAAUGUAUUUUAAAAACAUUUAUUUCAUUGUAAUUGUACGUCCAGAGAAUAUUCUUUUAUUUUUAUCUAGUCAUUUGAAGUUAGUCAAUUCAUUGGAUUUCCUGUCAACCUACUUUAUACUCAAGUGGCACAAUUCAACCAUCUUGUAUGUGUUUGCUCUGACUUACAGGGUAUAUAAUAAUAUGAGCUACGUGUGUUACACUGCAGCCUAUGGCACACGUGUUGAAGAGUCACUGUGUGGUGUGUCAGCACACUGACACUGUGUGCUCCAAAGUUGUGAAAACAGUCAGAAAUAGUCAUUGCAGUGGUUGUCAUCGUCUACAAGUAACCCAUCAUAGAAUUAUUUAAUGUGUUGUUUUUUCUGUGUUGUUUACAAGUAGAGAGAGUAAAUAUGUCACUAAUGUGCUUACCGCGGAUAGAGUGUAGUAUUGUUGCAUUGUGUUCUGUCCUUAAGUCUACUAGAUCUAUAAGCUUACAAUUUCUUCAUAGUCAAAGCAUGAUCAAGACCUUAAGUCAUAAGUCAAGUUCCCCUUUCGGACCUUGUGGUCUAUAGGUCAGAUGAUGUAAAGGUCACCUGUUACUGUGACCUGCGGUUAACGAGGAUGUCAUGUGGCCAGCACAACGACCUACCGCCUUUACUUUUCCCCAACUUAUGGGGACCCAUUAGAGCUGGGUGGACUCAAAUGCGCCGAAAUUAAAAAUCCCUGUCUUCACCAGGAUUCGAACCCGGAUAGAUUAAAAUAGUUAUAUAAUAGUUAUGUAUCACAUUUUAGAGAGUUACAUAUCACGACAUUUACAGAGUUUUAUAACGCGACAUUUACAGAGAGUUAUAUAAUACAUCAGCUCCUCCAUUCAAACAAGUUUCCUCAUGCGUAGCAAAAUCUUUUGUAGACGUAUGACCCCGGAAGUUAAUUAAACUAUUCUCUGACACUUAACAAAAGAAGAGCUCUCUCUGCGUAAAAAGACAAAGCUUUGUUUAAAGUGUGAUUACUUUCCCGAUCACGGCAUUAUGCUUUAUAGUACUGACGGGUGACGGCCUGUGGAAAUUUGAAAUGACAUUCCGGUUGGUUACAAAACUCAAAAGUUGGCAGGUCACCUGAAUAUAGUGGCACAAAGACAUUGACUAAAUAGACUAAUUUAAAAAGCAUCUUAAUCACUCGAACACGGCUUCCUUCUGUUGAAGAAAUGUUUUUGAAAGAUGAAUUCCCAAAAGACACAAAAAUUCUUUAAGAUGAUCUGCACCCAUUGAACCACUAAUACAUCAGGUAUGAACGAAGCCCGGGUACGCUGUUCUGCCUCAUCGUGGCGCCUGGGUGGAAACGGCUAGGGUAGCUAGGCUAAAUGAAUGGCGAAACACAACUCCCGUGGGGAUGCCCACGGGUAGACGAGAGUCCACCCCAUGCACGGGCGGGGUUGCGAAAAAAGUCCCCACAAACCUGUCACACAUCCAUGCGCUGUUCCUCAAAGGGACCGUUACAUAAAUGGCGAGUCCCCCACGGUUAGCUUGGUAUAACGAAGGAAAAUGGCGGAGACUCCCGGUGUCCUCGGCCUUCGGCCAUGUGCAGCCAAGCAUGCGUCGGGGGCCAAAGACAUUGGAAACAGCAAUGCUUUACAUAGGCAUUGACUCGGGUCUCUCUCAAACAGAACUGUGUUCUCAUAGGUUGUUGUUUUUUUUAUUGUUUGGCGUCCAAACAGGAUUUUUUUUCAAACUUCAGCCCUUGGACAUAAACAAGGUAUGAACGAAGCGGUCGUCUCCUCUCCAUUAAGGCUACAACAGAAAGAUUUGAAAUCUUUAUACCACUUUCAGACAGGGUGUUUCAAAGUCACUUGUCGUCACUGAGAAGUACAUUGAAGCCUGAUUCGCAAAGUGUUUCGCGUGUAAGUGUCGUUUGUGUUUGUAUCUAUAUUGCCAUUGUUACAAUAGUAAUGCUGAGUUGGACAACUAUAGUCAAACUGAAUUUCCAUUUGUUUGUACUAAUACAAUCUUAUCUUAUGUCUACUUAUAAUACUUCAUAAGCUUUCAAUCGCCGCCAAAUUAAGAAAUAUUACUUAAUUCUUUUGAUUCACUGUGAACCCUAGGGCUGCACAGGACUCUGGCCAAUUCCCCUCAGUUGGGUCCAAUGCCCGUCUCUGAUUCUUGUUCUACUGAUCUCCUCAAUGUUCGCUUUGGUCUCCCAGCCUUAGUCUGUCUCUGCUUCUUGUUCUACUGAUUUCCUCAAUGUUCGCUUUGGUCUCCCAGCUUUAGUCUGUCUCUGAUUCUUGUUCUACUGAUUUCUUCAAUGUUCGCUUUUGGUCUCCCAGCUUUAGUCUUCCCCUCUAGAUUCCAGUCAAGAGCCUGCAUUGCAAUAGGGUCGAUUGUUCUUCGCGUUGUAUGUCCAAUUCAGCCCCUUUAGCGUCUUUUUUUUUUUUGAAUAUUUGUUAAGUACCAUGAGUACCCACUUAUUCUUAGACUCGCAUAUGUGUGCAGCCUUGAACAGACUUUACAGAGAUGAAUUAAUGGAUAAUGUGUGUGACCUAACCAGCCUGAUUUUAUUAUACAGGCUUCCACGGCGUGAUUGCUGAAUUGUAAAUUGCUUGGUUUCUGAGUUGUAAAUUGCUUGGUUUCUGAAUCCAGGGUGUCGAUAUGGAUUUUGAACUACGGAAUAUAGGGCACCACUGCGUCCACCCUUAGGGGGCACGGUGGAUGAGUGGUUAAGCGCUUGGCUUCCAAACCAGAAGUCUUGGGUUCGAAUCUCGGUGAGGACUGGGAUUUAAAAUUUCGGGAUUCUUAGGGCGCCCCUGAGCCCACCCAACUCUAAUGGGUACCUGAUUUUAGUUGGGGAAAGUAAAGGCGGUUGGUCGUUGUGCUGGCCACAUGACACCCUGCUCGUUAACCGUUAGCCAUAAAAACAGAUGACCUUAACAUAAUCUGGCCCAUAGAUUGCAAGGUCUGAACGCAAGCUUUUUACCUUUACUGCUUCCUGGUAUACUUUGAAGAAUUCAAGGUGGUUGAAUUGCUCGUUGUGCUGGCCACAUAACACCCUAGUUAACCGUCGACCAUAGAAACAGAUAAGCUUUCACCUCAUAGAUCGCAAGGUCUGAAAGAGAUACCUUUACCCUAUUUUCCCACAAAGUCACUAUUUUAUGAGGGAGAAAAAAAGUGUUGGCUAUUUUUAGAAUUCAUUCUUUGCCUGAAUCCUUUGUUCAGACUUGUGUGUGUUGUGUUUGAGACGUAGUCGACUACGACUGAAGGCGGACAACAAUUUGGUCUUUAUGUUUUAUUGUAAAGAAAGGCUCAUGAUCUAUCUAUCCAGAUGUGUAAGUACUUCAUGUGAAAUACCAACAUAAAUCUGUGUGUUGCUCAGUACAUUAUGCAGCACACAAUGGCGGAUGGGGUUGUUAAAAUAUGGUUCAAUGAUCCGAAGCAAAAUUUUGAAAGUAAAUCAUUUGCAUAUUUGGUAAAGAAAAAAACACACGCAUAUUUUCCCUACACUUAACAUAUGUCGCAUCGCUCUCCCAACUGAUCGAUGCUAUUUUCACUUUUUUUUUU